CAUGAUGCCGGAUGUUACCCUCAGUGGCUUUACCUUCUUCAGUCGUGCAAUAACUAACGUGGCACAAAAUGAUAAGCUGACAUAUUUCGAUCUGCAGACGGUACAAACAACACAACACCAGGUGGUGCUUAUACUAGAUCCUCGUGAUGCAGACAAGAAGAACUAUGUAUUGUAGGAUUUUAUACAUUUUAAUCAUCAUUACAUUCUGCCACUGCCAAGAAACUGCAGACAAAAACUCACCUAACCCCACUGCAACAAACUCUGAUACCAAGCAUGAUAAAAAUAUUGUGACUGAACACAAACAAGCAGCAAAUGAAGCACAGGUUGACACUAAUUCAAAGCAAGAAGAGUCUGAGUCCACAGAAAAAUCUUCAACAGAUACCAAAGGUAAGACCCUGAAUGCAGAACACAACAAGCAAACUAAAACAUCACAGUCACACCAGACACCCAUGGUGUUUUCCAGUGAGGGAAAGGAUAUAACUAAUGAGAGAAGAGAGCCUAUUAGCAGAAAUGAACACAAAGUGGAUCAGAAAGAAGACGGACAACAGCAGAAACCAACCAGAGAGACUGAGACAGUAGGAAAAACACCUGACCAGCAGCAAAAACAUUUAAAAAAAGAACAUUCCAAAGUGCAAUCUGUAGAACAUCAGCAACAUCAGAUAGUUAACAGCAGGGAAGAACAAAAGAAUGUUAACUUACAGCAGCAAGAAAAAAAGGAACAACAUAUUCAACAACCUGGAAAACAGCAACACCAGCAGCAAACUAACAAACAAAAUCAUGGUGCAAUACAUCAACAACCCCCUGAUGUUAAGCACUUCCAAGAACACCCAGAUGUACAGCAGCAACAACAGAUCCAAUUAAGUCAAAAUGAUCAUCAACAACAGCAGAAAAUACCCAGUAAUGUAGAGCAACAUGUAGAACACUACCAGCAAGCACACCAAGAACAGUCACAACAACCACACAUAACUGUACACCAACCGCCAUCACUUUCAAAUUUUCAACAUGAACAAGAGUCAGAAAAACAUCAGAAAGUAAAAGGGAAAUUGCAACCCCAACAUGAGUCCCAACAUCAUACUAAUCUACAACAGACCAAAGAACAAAAUCAACAUCAGAAUAGGCACCAACAACAAGAGCCUGGAAAUGUCCAAGCUUCAUCAAGUCAGUCACGUAGUCACACACAGGACAGUACACAGACACAAACCUUACACCUUCAAGAACAGAACCAGGCCAAUCUGCAACAAAAUCUUCCUGAACACAAACCUGUUCCUAAGACUGAGCCACAUCAGGAGUCGAUCCAUCAUACCUCCCAGCCAGCAGCCCACACUGACUUCCAGAAGUCAGGACACACAGAGGCUGUGAAACUGGAGCCACCUGGCAACUACAUGGAGAAUCAACAGGGAGCUGAGGGACCGCCACUAGAGGACCUUCAUGAUGACAUAGCUGAUCAAGACAGCACUGCUCCAGAUGUUCUCAAAGAACAAAAUGUGAAUGCUGAAAAGGUCACUAAAACAGCUUCACAGUCUGUAUUGCAUGGCAGUGAGGCAGAUAUGAUAAAACAACCCAGUCAAGAUAAAAAAGCAGAGCAAGAGCAGCCUGAGAAGCCAGCAGACAUGCCUCCUUCUACUGAUGCAACUGUAGAUGGAGCAUCUGCCGAUGAAGAUGAAGAUGAUGAGUUCCAAGACAUGCCACAUCAUCACCCACGACACCACCAGGACUGGGAUGAUCAGUUUCCAGAGGUUGUAAAUCAAGAUGAUUUACAUGCCCAUAAAAUAAAAAAGAUAUACCGUGAGAAAGUUGCCUCGGAUGUGAAGGAGACAACAGUUAUAUACAAAGCAGAUGAACAAGAGCUAGUGAAGAAGGAGAGAUAUGUGCAGAAGCUUAGAGCAGACGGCAGUGUUUCAACGGAAAAGGAGGUGGUACAUGUGCAGCAGGAGGAACAUGACAACCAGGAAAGAGUCAGAGCAACUGUGAAGUCUUCUACAUCCAACAGCCAGGGACAAGGAGAUAGCACAACUGUCACACCAGACUGGAACAGUCAGUUCCCAGAGGUAGUCAACAAAGAAGAUCUAAAAAAUGGCAAAAUACAAAAAGUGACACGAGAAAGAGUGUCACAAAAUGUAAAAGAGACCGUUAUUACGUACAAGCCAGACAAAGCAGGCUUGGUGAGGACAGAAAAAUAUAUACAGACUGUGAAAGAAGAUGGUACUGUGCUGCUAAGUAUGGACUUGGUGUAUGAAUUCCAUCCUGAACUGUGGUCUCCCCCUGCUGCUGAUGAGGAAGAAGAGGAUGAAGAAGAGGAACAAAUACCUUUAGAUCAGCAGGUAAAGGGACUUGGUCAGCCAUCUUAUCAAGGUGACCAGGAAGAGGAGAAUUCUGAAGAGCUUACAGAAGAGGAAAAACUGGCCAAAGAAUAUUACACUAAGGCAGAAAAUAUCCUGCACCAGAACUUGUUGAAGAAAUACAAAGAAGCAUACCAAUACCUAAUCCAUGCAAGUGAAUUGAACCACACAAAAUCAAAAGAGAUUCUCAGCUUUGCCUACCUGUUUGGGGACUUUGUGCCGCACAACAUCACAAAAGCCAGAGAAAUAAUUGAAGAACUAGCUAUGAAUGGCUCCCCCAGAGGACAAAUGGGUUUAGGAUUUCUUCAUACCACAGGGAUUUCAGUGAAUUCUAGUCAGGCUAAGGCCCUUGUGUACUUUACAUUUGCUGCACUUGGAGGUGAUCCUCUGGCUCAGAUGGCUUUGGGUUAUCGUUACUGGGCAGGUGUAGGAGUAGAAAGCAGCUGUGAAAAGUCUCUGACAUAUUACAGGAAGGUGGCCAGCAGAGUUGCUGAGCAAGUGUCUCUCUCUGGUGGUAAUGUGGUUCAGAGAAUUCGUCUUCUAGAUGAGGCAGAGAGUCUAGGACAAAGUAGUGGACUUAUGGAUGAUGAUCUGAUACAAUACUAUCAGUUCCUGGCUGACAAGGGAGAUGUACAGGCACAGGUUGGUCUAGGCCAGCUUCACUACCAAGGUGGGAGAGGUGUAGAAGUCAAUCAUGAGAGGGCACUGAACUACUUCCUGCAAGCAGCAGAGGCAGGGAAUGCUAAUGCUAUGGCAUUCCUGGGCAAGAUGUACUCAGAAGGUAGCCCAGUGGUCAAACAAGACAACGAGACGUCAUUUAAUUACUUCAGAAAAGCAGCAGAGAAGGGUAAUCCAGUGGGCCAGAGUGGGUUAGGCAAUAUGUACCUGUAUGGGAAAGGUGUAGAUAAGGAUUACAGUAAAGCUUUAAAGUAUUUCACUAUGGCAGCAGACCAAGGCUGGGUUGAUGGUCAGUUGCAGCUGGGUACAAUGUACUAUAGUGGACUAGGUGUUCGUCGGGACUACAAGGCAGCUCUGAAGUAUUUCAACCUGGCCUCCCAGUCUGGCCAUGUUCUUGCCUUCUAUAACCUUGCUCAGAUGCAUGCCACUGGCACUGGUGUCUACAGAGCAUGUCACACUGCAGUAGAGCUGUUCAAAAAUGUUGCUGAAAGAGGGCGCUGGGCUCGCAUGUUGAUGGAAGCACACACGUCGUACAAAGAGGGAAACAUUGACACCACUUUGUUGAAGUAUGCCCUGCUGGCUGAGCUGGGGUAUGAGGUGGCCCAGAGCAAUGUGGCCUAUAUAUUGGACAGAGGUGAAAGUCACAUGUUUGAGCAGAAUGAGACAUAUCAGAGAGCCCUGCUGCACUGGAAUAGAGCUGCAUCUCAAGGUUACAGUGUGGCCAGGUUAAAGAUAGGAGACUACCACUACUAUGGUUAUGGCACUGAUAUAGAUUAUGAGACAGCAGCACUUCACUACAGGAUGGCCUCAGAGCAGCAGCACAAUGCACAGGCCAUGUUCAACCUGGGCUAUAUGCAUGAGAGAGGGCUAGGAAUGAAACAGGACAUCCACUUAGCCAAGAGGUUCUAUGACAUGGCAGCUGAGACCAGUACAGAUGCCCAGGUACCUGUCACCCUGGCACUGGCCAAACUAGGGGUCAUGUAUGGGAUGGAGCACUACCUCAAAAGGGAUUCACUCCUGUCAUUAAAGAAUUCCAAUCUGUGGAAAUAUGUCGAGGACUUGGAUCCACGUUGGCUGUUGGGUCCUGACUGGGACCUCUACCUGAUAGCGCUGUUAGCAGGACUCCUAGGACUAGUUGUUAUAUACAGAAGACAGCUACAGACGUGACCUUUUCAUUAACACCAUCUAAGUCUUAGCUUCAUGUGUAUAGGGUAUUGGUUUCUGAUGAGAUUCAUUUUAAUGCACCAGUUUUACUACUCUAAUAUAGAAUCCAAUGUCCAGAGUAAACGGCAAAAUUUUUUAGAAGAUAGAAAUACUUUGACAGUUCUACAACAAUGAUAGUUGCCUUACUGUCAUGCUAAUAUGUAACAUAACUUUGUGAAUUUGCCAGUUGGUUAUUUUUUGAUGCAAAAAGACGAGUUGUAUUGUAUUAAUGGGUCAGUAAGUUGUUAGACUGUUCUGUUGUUAGACUGCUUUCGCUAAUAGGUCGACUUCACAUAUUAGGAUAUCUAAGUAGAGUAGUUUAGGUUUAACUCAAAAACCUGAAUGACUUUGUGAUACCUAGGACCCAUCAAACUUAGUUCAUAAUGCAGAAGACCUUGGUGCUGUCAGACAGUCUAGUGCUGCCCUCUGUUGUCAGGUUGUGCUUUGAAUCCUGCAGUUAUUUUAUCUGACUCUCUUGUACCAGGACAUUGCAUUGAGGAGUGUGUCUGAACUAUUAUUUAUUUAACAAACUGUAAAAAUUGUGAUAAACAAUGUGUUACACAAUGUAAUAAAAGUGAAUAUUUGCUCUAUUUUUAAUAAGUGGUAGCAGUACCUGUAUAAAUGUUGUUAAUCUCUUACUGAUCUUUACUGAUCCUGCAUGGAAGCUGCUGUUCUUUAUCCGAGUGAACAUGGUCAGGCAGUUGAUACUAGAGCUGCACGUGUAAAAUGAAUACAAUUCUUUUGUGAAAACGUGACUGUUAUUUCUAUUACAGUAUCUCAGCACUAUUAUUUACUUGUGACGUUUGGAUUUAUUGGUCCAUAUGACGAUGUGACUGGUAACAACACGGGGAUAUCGUGGGUUUGAUAUAGUAGCAUUAAGUGAGUAAAAGUGCAUUUGACGUGUAAACGGAUUAUCCUAACUCGCCACAGGUUGGGAGUAAGAUUAUUUAUUUGUACGCUCUACUAAAGGCAGGCGAUACAUCUUUACUGGAGGGAAAUGCCAAGGAAUAGGACUAUUGAGAAAAAUCUGACUUGGUAUAGAGAAAAUGUAUCGUAUGCACAAUGAUUAUUACUUCUUCACAUGCGUCUCAAACGUGUUAACUUAACGCCUAUGGUGCACUUGCCCAUUCCAGUGGAAAAUGUUAAAAUUUUUCUUUUCAAGUGCAAUAACCACUUCUAAAAAGUGCUAUUUCUUUGUCAUUUAGAGUUUCUAGUUUAUUUAGUUGUUAGCCAUUUUCCUGUCAAGUAACAAGAUUUCCAAGACUUAACAUUUUGUAGAUUUUUCUCGCUCAACUUGUUAAAAUUUGAUGAAAGGUGUGUGUGUGUGUUACAACUGUAAUAAUGAUGUUGGAUUGAAAAGAAAUAAAGAUAUAUGAUAUGAG